GUAUUUUUAUCAUUAUGGAUUAAUUUAUCCAAAAGAUAACUUAAGACCAUCUCCAGAAGGUCACUUAAUUUCCAUCAAUUAUUUUAAACACUUUUACUAAAAAUCCUUUGGAAAUUUUUAGAUAAUAAAUGUGGCAAAAAAAAAAGUGUGUGUGAUAUUAAACCCCCAAAAGUAAUUUUUUACGAGGUAAGUUUUUUUUAGAAGGAAGGGGGGGAAAAACGCUCAAAAUCUCAGCAGGUGGGACAACGGUGAAAAAUCAUUUUGAAAGAGUGGGAAGCAACGCUCCUGUCAGCCGAAAGGAAAACAGGUAGCCAUAGCCAAGGCAGCAGCUGACCGUGCAUCCUGGGUGAAGUAACGCCGAACAAGUCAUGAUCUCGCAGUUCUUCGUUUUGUCACAGCGUGGCGAUAACAUCGUCUUCCGAGACUGUAAGCUCCUUCUCUCCCACAUGGACGUACCUUCCCCUUCGCGAUUUUUUAUUCCGAUCGUGGAGAUGUGCAAAAUGGAAGUGCAGAGAUUUUCUUCCGCAAAGUAAAGUUUUGGAAAGAGGAUGGGCAGGAGGAUGCACCACCUGUCUUUGUAGAAUGUGGAUGGUGUGAACUACUUUCAUGUGAAGGUUGUGGGACUAUUGUUUGUUGCAACCACAAGGGUUAAUAUGUCGCCUUCCUUUGCCUUGGAGCUUUUACAAAGGAUUGCUCGUGUUAUUAAAGAUUACCUUGGGGUUCUCAAUGAAGACACAUUACGAAAGAACUUUGUGCUUGUGUAUGAGUUGCUUGAUGAAGUCAUUGACUUUGGUUAUGUUCAAACGACAUCUACAGAGUUGUUGAAAUCCUAUGUUUUCAAUGAGCCAAUUGUGGUUGAUGCUCCUCGUUUGCCACCUCUUGAACCUGCUGCAAUUUUUGCGCAAAGGGCUAAAAGAAUGCCAGGUAUAGCUGUCACAAAAUCAGUUAUAGCUACGGAGCCUGGGGGUAGAAAUAGGGAGGAAAUCUUCGUUGAUGUAAUUGAGAAAAUCAGCAUCACCUUCAGCUCCAGUGGAUAUAUAUUGACUUCAGAAAUUGAUGGCACCAUACAAAUGAAAAGCUACCUUACUGGCAAUCCUGAAAUUCGAUUAGCUCUUAAUGAUGACCUUGCCAUAGGAAGGGGACAGGGACCAAUAUAUGGUUAUCGUAGUUCAUCUGGUUCUGGAGCCGUGAUAUUGGAUGACUGUAAUUUCCAUGAGUCUGUUCGUCUUGAUAGUUUUGAUGUGGACAGAACGCUGUCUCUGAUACCACCAGAUGGUGAGUUUCCUGUAAUGAACUAUCGUAUGACUCAAGAGUUCAGGCCUCCUUUUCGCAUUAAUGUUUUAAUUGAAGAAGCAGGGCCCCUCAAGGCUGAGGUGAUUCUUAAGAUAUAUGCUGAGUUUGGUUCAAGUGUAACUGCAAACACUGUCAAGGUGCAGAUGCCACUACCCAAAUAUACGACCAGGGUUAAUUUUGAGUUGAACCCUGGAGCCGUUGGAGAAACAACUGACUUCAAGGAAGCAAAUAAGAAGCUGGAGUGGAGUUUAAAGAAGAUUGUUGGUGCAUCUGAGCAUACACUACGUGCAAAGCUAACAUUUUCUCAGGAAUCACAUGGGAAUAUAACGAAGGAAUCUGGACCUGUUAGCAUGACAUUUACCAUACCGAUGUACAAUGUGUCACGGCUUCAGGUAAAAUACUUGCAGAUAUCAAAGAAAUCCCGAGUCUCGGAGCCUUAUCGGUGGGUGAGAUACGUGACGCAGGCAAAUUCCUAUGUUGCUCGUAUAUGAAUCUCCUUGCCCGCUCCUCCCAAAAAAAAAAAAAAGGACAAUUUUACGUUGUUUUAUCAUUCAUUUGUAAAUUGUAAAUCACGCAGUUUGGAUUCAUGUUAUCCUAAACCUCCUGUUACCAACAACCUGUUUUAAACUCAUUGCUAUUCUUUCGUUACACUU